AUGGCCAAAAGAAAACUGCCUGAUCCCACCCCUGAAAUUACAGAUACCCCUUCCAAGCGCCGAAAGAAAACCAUUGAACCGUCCCUCGCAAAUGGAAUUCACAAAGACGAUUCCACCUCGGUCCCGAUGAUAAGCGGCACGUCAAAGAAGAAGCAGGAAACACCCUCCAAAAACAAAGGAAGAGGUGCCAUUGGUACGGUCCUGCACGAGGAGGACAACGAUGAAGGAAGCCCGACGCCCAAAUCCAAUGGCCGGACCCUAUUAUUCUCUACUCCAAGAAAAGAGAAGAGUGUAGUGAGCACUCCCUCAAAGCCAGGAAGGGCGGAUCGAUCUGCAAAGAGAAAAAGUGCACAAGCCCUUGCCGAGGCGCAAGAUGAAGACGACUGGGAUGGGCAAAGAGCUCUGGCCAGGGAAAUCCUCGAGGACGAGGAGGCUGCGGAUCGAGAAAACGUCGAGCAGAUUGUUGAUGACGCGACCGAAGGAGACGCAGCGACCCCUGUCAAAACACCAGGAAAACGUGGCAGACCCAAAGGCGCAAAGAACAAGCGGUCACCCACUCCAGAUGGAGAUAUUGCUCCUGAAGAGCGCUACUUUUUCCAGACCCGCAGCGGUCCCCCUCAGGUCUCAGGCAAUAAAUUCGACUCGGUCAAAUUGCUCACUUACGAAGAGUAUUUUGAACAAAUUCAAUCUUACAAAGACCGCCACGCUUCCAAUCAGGUGCAGCUGAUGAAAUUGCACGCCCGGUCGUUUCCUCAGUGGCAAUUCGAACUUGCCGAAGGCUUUGGAUUGUGUCUAUAUGGAUAUGGCAGUAAACGGCAGCUCGUCAACAAUUUUGCGGAAUGGAUAUGCAAAAGAUCAAAAGCACCGCCUCGCAUUGUUGUGGUCAAUGGAUACACUCCCAAACUCAAUGUACGAGGAAUCUUGAAAACUGUUGCGUCAGCUAUUUGGGAGGAAGACCAGCAUCUACAACUUGUCGGACAACCUCAAGAAAUGCUCGAUACUUUAUUCUCACACCUCACCAAUCACCCCCCCGAUGGUCAAUUGAUGGUCAUGAUCAAUUCCAUUGACGCUUCAGCUUUGCGCGGCUCGUCAACGCAAGCGAUAAUGGCUCGCCUUGCACGACAUCCCUUGGUCCAUUUUAUUGCCACUGCCGACUCACCAACUUUUCCUGUUUUGUGGAAUUCAUCACUGCUAGACCAGUUCAAAUUUGUUUUCCAUGAUUGCACGACCUUUUCCCCGUACACAGCAGAAAUCAAUGUCGUCGACGAAGUGCAUGAAUUACUUGGCCGGAAAAGAUUGCGAGUGGGCGGGAAGGAAGGCGUCGGGUUCGUGCUCAAGUCACUGCCUGAGAAUGCCAGAAACCUCUACCGGCUAUUGCUCUCGGAAAUCCUGAGUGUUCUAGCCGAUGGCGGAGUCGGUGGUACGGCCGAUGAAGAAGACGACGCAAAGACAAGACGACCUACAAAGCCCAGUCGGGAGGCAGCUGACGAAGUGGGAAUCGAGUAUCGAACCCUAUACCAGAAGGCAUCAGAGGAGUUCAUCUGUUCAAGUAGCAUGAACUUCCAAUUCCUUCUAAAAGAAUUUCACGACCAUCAAAUGGUUACGAGUCGACGAGACGCGAGUGGGACAGAAGUGUUGGGGAUCCCCCUGAGUAGAGAGGAGAUGGAAGCCGUGUUGGAAGACCUCGUCGUUUAG